AUGGUUUCAACCACCACCCUUCCAAUCUCUAUCUCUCCCGCCAAAUCUCUGACCAACAUAACUGUAAUCCCCCAAUUCCCACAAAACCCUAAAACCCUAAUCCUCCACAGAUGCAAAACCACCAGAGACCUCAACCAAGUCCACGCCCAUCUCAUCAAGACCCGCCUCCUCCUCAACCCAUCCAUCACCGAAAACCUCCUCGAAUCCGCCGCACUAAUCCUCCCCGAUGCCAUGGACUAUGCUCUCUCCAUUUUUCGCAAUCUCGAAGAACCCGAUACUCUAGCUUACAACAUCAUCAUAAGAAGCCUCACAUUGAAACCUUCCCCUCUAGAUGCCAUUGUUCUGUUCAUCAAAAUGGUCGAAAACUCUGUCCAACCCGACGAGUUCACUUUUUCGAGUGUGCUCAAAGCUUGCUCUAGGUUAAGGGCAUUGGGGGAAGGAGAGCAGGUCCAUUCCCACAUUGUGAAAUGUGGUUUCAAGUCAAAUGGGUUCGUUGUGAACACUUUGAUUCACAUGUAUGCGGUUUGUGGUGAGCUUGACGUUGCACGCCAGGUGUUCGAUGGAUUGCCUGAGAGAAAUGUUAUGGCCUGGAAUUCGAUGAUGGCGGGUUACGUGAAGAAUGAGCGUUGGGGCGAGGUUGUGGAGCUGUUUCGGAAGAUGUUGGGGUUGGGGAUUGGGUUUGAUGAGGUUACUUUGAUCAGUGUUUUGACGGCGUGUGGGAGAGUGGCGAAUUUGGAAAUGGGGGAGUGGAUUGGGGAGUAUGUAGAGGCGAAUGGGUUGAAGGGUAACAUUGCUUUGGUUACUUCUCUGGUUGAUAUGUAUGCGAAAUGUGGUCAAGUGGAUAAAGCAAGACGAAUAUUUGAUCGAAUGGAUAAGAGGGAUGUUGUUGCGUGGAGCGCAAUGAUUUCUGGUUAUGGCCAAGCGAAUAGAUGCAGGGAGGCGCUUGAUCUGUUUCACGACAUGCAGAAGGCAAAUGUGGAUCCCAAUGAGGUUACCAUGGUUAGUGUGCUGUACUCCUGUGGUGUUCUUGGAGCUUUGGAUACUGGUAAAUGGGUUGACUUCUAUGUAAAGAAGAAGAAAAUGAAGCUUACUGUUACCCUCGGAACUGCAUUGAUAGAUUUCUAUGCAAAAUGUGGUUGUGUGGGUGAUUCGAUUGAAGUGUUUAAUAGAAUGCCUUCAGUAAACGUCUUCUCAUGGACGGCACUAAUUCAAGGACUUGCUAGUAAUGGACAGGGGAAAAGGGCUCUUGACUACUUCAAAUUGAUGCAGGAGAAGAACAUCAAACCAAAUGAUGUGACUUUCCUUGCUGUUCUUUCUGCUUGUAGUCAUGCCGGGUUGGUUGAAGAGGGUCGAAAUCUAUUUGUCAGCAUGAACAAAGAUUUCGGAAUUGAACCAAGGAUUGAGCACUACGGUUCUAUGGUUGAUAUCUUGGGUCGAGCUGGGUUGAUUGAAGAGGCAUAUCAGUUCAUCAGGAACAUGCCUAUCCAACCCAAUGCUGUUGUUUGGAGGACACUAUUGGCUUCAUGUAGAGCAACGAAAAAUGUUGAAAUUGGUGAAGAAGCAUUGCAACAGAUAAUCAGAUUGGAGACCCCUCAUAGUGGUGACUACAUACUUCUGUCUAACAUUUAUGCAUCUGCUGGUAGGCGCGAGGAGGCUCUUAGAGUGAGAAAUCAAAUGAAAGAGAAGAGAGUAAAGAAGGUGGCUCCUGGAUGUAGCGUUAUUCAGUUAAAUGGAGUGAUUUAUGAGUUCUUUGCAGAGGACAAAGUAUGUCCACACUCGGAGGAGGUUUAUAAAGCAACUCAUGACAUGAUGAAACGGAUCAAGGCGGCUGGUUAUGUGCCCAACGCAGCAGAUGGAAGACUAGAUGCAGAGGAAGAUGAUAAGCAGCAAGCCUCAGUUUCCCACCACAGUGAGAAGCUGGCCAUUGCAUUUGGUCUUAUCAGAACACGCCCUGGAACAACUCUUAGAAUAUCAAAGAAUCUUCGAGUUUGUACCGAUUGCCACAAUGCAACGAAGAUAAUAUCAAAGGUUUAUAACAGAGAAAUUAUCGUUAGGGAUUGGAACCGCUUCCAUCAUUUCAAGGAAGGGUCAUGUUCCUGCAAUGACUAUUGGUAA